AUGGGGAGCACCAGCAAGAUGGUCAACUUGUGGAACAGGAGACAGAGUCUCUUCCCCAACUACAAAGUCGCAGAUUCAGAUAUUAAUCGAAGACCUUCUGAGAUUGUUUAUCCACUAGCCAAGGAAAGCUGCGUGAAGACAUGGAACUCCAUGCAGGAGCUGAGCAGAGACAUCUAUGAUAUUUACGCUGAGUAUGAGGAUGAUGAAGAUGACAGUGCUCUGUACAGCUUCUCCAGGCAGAUUUCACCCUCCAAGAGGAACUACAUGAUCAACAUCAAUGUAGGGGGGAAGCCCUAUCAGAUAGCCUACAAGAUGGCUGCCAAGUAUCCCAAGACCAGAAUAGGACGACUGGCUACCUACACUGACCACAACAUGAAGCUGGACCUGUGUGAUGACUACACUGUGACCAACAAUGAAUACUUCUUUGACAGGGACCCGGAUGUCUUCCACAGCAUCUUCAACUUCUACAGGACUGGUGUGCUGUGGAUCAAGGACGAACUGUGUCCCCGCAACUUUCUGGAGGAAAUCAACUACUGGGGCGUGAGGAUCAAGAACACCCACCGCUGCUGCCGCAUCUCCUUCGAAGAGAGGCAGGACGAGCUGAAUGAGCAGCUGAAGAUCCAGAGGGAGCUGGAGGCUGAGGUGGAGAUCGAGGAGAAUGAGGAGCUCUUUCAUGAUAUGUUCAUGGGCCAGAGGCGCCGAGCUAUCUGGAACCUGAUGGAGAAGCCAUUUUCAUCUGUUGAGGCCAAGUUGAUGGCUGUGGCCUCCAGUCUGUUUGUCCUGAUCUCCCUGGUGGCCAUGACUCUCAACACAGUGGAGGAGAUGCAAUACAGAACUCAUACAGGUCAGCUCAGUGGCAAGACACACUGGGAAUACGUGGAGUCCAUGUGCAUUGCCUUCUUCACCAUGGAGUACCUGCUCCGUCUGGUGUCCACCCCAGACCUCAAAGCCUUCAGCAGGAGUGUGCUCAACACCGUGGACCUAAUUGCCAUCCUGCCUCAGUAUCUGCAGGCCAUCCUAGAGUUCUUUGACAAUGAGGAAAACUACAUGAAGCAUGAGGCUGACAUGCAGGCGGUGGGGCAGGUGGGGAAGCUGGGGCAAGUGUUGAGGAUCAUGAGACUGAUGCGAAUCUUUCGUAUCUUGAAGUUGGCGCGACACUCCACAGGUCUGCGGGCUUUUGGCUUCACUCUGCGUCAGUGCUACCAGCAAGUUGGCUGCCUCUUCCUCUUCAUUGCCAUGGGCAUCUUUAGCUUCUCUGCCAUGGUUUACACUGUGGAGCAUGACAUGCCGCACACAAACUUCACCAGUAUACCUCAUGCAUGGUGGUGGGCAGCUGUCAGCAUCUCCACGGUGGGAUACGGAGACGUCUACCCAGAGACCAUACUGGGUCGUCUUUUCGCUUUCAUCUGCAUCGCUUUUGGAAUUAUCCUCAAUGGGCUGCCCAUUUCCAUCCUCUUCAACAAGUUCUCAGACUAUUAUUCUAAACUCAAGUCCAAUGAGUACACAGCCUCCCUGAAGAAAAGAGGGAAAGUGAGAUUUGCCAAGAGGACAAUAAAUAAGCUUAGCGACUGCUUUGGAAACCACAGGUGUCAUUCACACUGA